AUGAGUUUGGCCGGAUCGACUAUCCAGGCAUAUCGCCAGUAAGUUUUUUUUGUUCUUCAAAAAAUACUGAAAGUGAUUCCGUUUUCGGAGUCAUUCUGCUCGUUUUUCAAAAUUAAAAAUGAUCAUAACGAACAUUUUUUGACGUGAACUCUAAAUUUAAAAACGUGAAAUUUUUGAAAAACAUUUUCAAAAAAAAAGUACGCAAACAUCAUUGGCGUGUGUGCACAGUUCAUUACCGUAUACCCGGGUUUUUCAUUUUUUCAUUUUUCUGCACUUUUUCAGCUGCGCAGCUGUGUUCGAAUUUCACACCUGUGUUACGCAGAUGCGCAGCUGCAGAAUAACACGUGUUGCACGUGCGCGAGUUUCAUAGUAUUAAAGGGCCUCAUUGAGUUCCAUUUUUACGCUCCAGACCUAAAUUCUCUAUUCAUUCUGCACUUUUUCAGCUGCGCAGCUGUGUUCGAAUUUCACACCUGUGUUACGCAGAUGUGCUGUAGAUAACACGUGCGCAAGUUUCGUAGUAUAAAAGGACCCCACUAAAUUUCAUUUCACGCUUCAGACCUAAAUUAUCUAUUCAAUCGUAAUACGGUCGAAUAUUCAACUUAAGUAAAGUAAUUUUCUAAUUAUGAUGAUGCUACACUUAAUCGCAAGCAGUGGUAUUUUCAAUCGCGUGAACCUUUUCACCGGUACUCGCAGGUUAGAUUUUUUUCGAAAACAUUUCGAGGCUGCCUAUGUUUAAUAUUAUAAAUUCCAUUGUUCUGCCCUCCAGAAUAUCGAAUUUCGCGCAUUUCACAAUAUUAUUCUUUCAAAAAAAAACGAGGAGAAAGAAAAAGUUGUCUUUUGUUGUCUGCGUCUCAAUACAACUGGACAUCUGUCUCAAUCAAUAAAUGCCAGCCAUCUCCCUUUUCUCUCAUUUUCCAAUAAUAUUUUUCUGGUAAUUGCGCACACCUCGUCUCUCCUUUUUAUACCACAACAUUUAUACAGCUUUUUAGUUGAUUUUACUAUCCUUACAAAUCGUAAUUUGUACUUAUUGAAAAUUUUUUAUUUUCAGACGGAAGAUCGAAUCUUUGGCGAAAAUGUCGAACAUGUCGCAAGACGAUGUGACGACUGGACUUCGUACUGUUCAACAAGGAUUGGAAGCGCUCAAAGAAGAACAUUCGAGCAUUUCCAACACUUUGGGAACUAGUAUCAAAGGUUAUAUUCAUUUUUAUACUUCGAAAUAUUCGUCAUCUGUGAAAUUUAGGUGUGAAAGAUGACGAAGCUCCAUUGCCAAAAGAGAAAUUAUCACAAAUCAAUGAUAAUUUGGAAAAACUGUUUGCUGGAAUCGACGAGACAACUCUCAUGUUGUCGGUGUUCGAAUUGAAUCAAUCACUCGAAGCGCAACAUCAAAAAUAUCAAGCUCAACGUCGUCGACUUUGCCAAGAAAAUGCGUGGCUUCGUGAUGAAUUGAGCUCCACACAAACACGACUUCAACAAUCUGAACAAACUGUUGCUCAACUUGAAGAAGAGAACAAACAUCUCAAGUAUAUGGCUUCGAUUAAGCCAUUUGAUGAUGGACAAGUGAGUUACUUAUUAUUAAUUUUUAAAAGUAUAUUUAUAACAACAUGUUUUUAGACGAACGAAACUAAGGUUUCUGCUGAUGCUGGACCACAACCAGUUAGCAGUGAAACACUUCAAGAACUUGGAUUUGGUCCAGAAGACGAAGAAGAUUUGAAUUCUACUCAAUUCACUAGUCAACCAACACCAGCUCAUUCAAUGGCUGCUUCAGCAAAUGUUGGUUAUGAAAUUCCUGCAAGACUUCGAACAUUGCACAAUUUGGUUAGUAAAUUACCAACACAACGCUGUUACUAAUAAUCAUACGUCGCAUACUCACGUUUCCAAUCGGCCAGUGCACAUUUUUUCAGAAAAUUUCAGACAAACGGGAUACCCCCUCUCUUUCCUUUUUCAUUUUUAGCUAUGAAGACUUGAAAUUCUACAUUUUUGAUUAACAUUUCAGCGAUUUCGAGUCCAAUUUUCACUUAUUAAAAUUCUAAUUUUUCAAAAAUAAAAAAAUACGUUUAAUCCAAUAUUAUUUCAAUCAUAAACUCUUUCUUUAUGGAUGAUUCAAAACCAAAGUUUCAGAUUGAAAUUGGAAAAUGUUCAAAAUUUGGAUGAAAGUUCUUGAAAAUUUCAAGUAAUCCCAAUGAUUGAUAAAUAACAAAGCUGAGAGAAUUUUUCAAUUUUUUCUCAAGUGAAAACCCCUCCACGGGUUCAUUACCACAGUCACGCGAAGUACUAUGCUAAUAAUAUUUCAUUUUUAGGUUAUUCAAUAUGCAUCGCAAGGUCGUUAUGAAGUUGCUGUUCCAUUGUGCAAACAAGCGCUAGAAGAUCUUGAAAAAACAAGUGGACACGAUCAUCCAGAUGUUGCUACAAUGCUCAAUAUUCUUGCACUUGUUUAUCGUGAUCAAAACAAGUAUAAAGAAGCAGCAAAUCUUUUGAAUGAAGCUUUGACAAUUCGCGAGAAAUGUCUUGGAGAAAGUCAUCCUGCAGUUGCAGCAACUUUGAACAAUUUGGCAGUUUUAUUCGGAAAACGUGGAAAAUUCAAGGAUGCUGAACCAUUGUGCAAAAGAGCUCUUGAAAUUCGUGAAAAAGUUUUGGGAGAAGAUCAUCCGGAUGUUGCGAAACAACUCAAUAAUUUGGCUCUUCUCUGUCAAAAUCAAGGAAAAUACGAAGAAGUUGAAAAAUAUUAUAAACGAGCAUUGGAAAUCUACGAAAGUAAACUUGGUCCAGAUGAUCCGAAUGUUGCGAAAACAAAAAAUAAUUUGUCUUCGGCUUAUUUGAAACAAGGAAAAUACAAGGAAGCUGAAGAAUUAUACAAACAAAUUUUGACGAGAGCACAUGAAAGAGAAUUCGGACAAAUCAGCGGAGAUAACAAACCAAUUUGGCAAAUUGCCGAGGAAAGAGAAGAAAAUAAACACAAAGGUGAAACAAAUACAACAAGUGCUGAACAAGCUGGAUGGGCAAAAGCUGCCAAAGUUGACAGGUAAAAUUUGAUCUAUCCGAGAUGUAAAUAAUAUAACAUUUUUCAGCCCAACUGUUACAACAACACUAAAAAAUCUUGGUGCACUUUAUCGCCGACAAGGAAAAUAUGAAGCCGCUGAAACAUUGGAAGACGUUGCUCUUCGAGCCAAAAAACAGGUAAGAUAUUUUUGAAACAAAAAUCUAGGAAAUUUUGGGUGUCUCUGAAGACUAUCGAAAAUGCUCAACGCGAACGUUUAUCGCAAUUACUGGCAAAAGUGCAGCCAGCAGGUGCCGCAGCUUGUGCUUUGCCGCCGACUGAUUGUGGUGUGAUAACUCGCGCAGGAAGAUCAAGCAAUGUUCACCAUCAUCCCAUCAUCAAACUCAAAAGUGACCAAAAUGUUUAGGUGCGCGCUUUUUUAUGAGAUUAGUUGCGCACUAGUUUUCUUAUUUUUUUUCGUGAUUGUGAUGGUGAAUAUUGCAUGGUUUCUCUAGUUAAUUAGAAGAAUUUAUCGAUUUUUAUCCUAUUUUGGUUUCAUUUGCAGCAUGAACCAAUUCGAAGUGGAGCAAUUGGUGGAGUUGAUGAAAUGUCUCAAUCAAUGAUUGGAUCAAGAAUGACAACAAGUACUUCACAAUCUGGUCUCAAGAAUAAGCUUAUGUCUGCGCUUGGAUUAAAUCGCGUGGAAUGA